AUGCAGAGGCGGGCAGUGAUGGCGCAGAACACGCCCUUGUCGGCGGCAGCACCGCUCCACGACGCCGCCGGUGUCGGUGACGCCGUAGCUGUAGCCGGCUUGCUGAAAGACAGCGCUCACCGUAACGCCAGAGUCGAUCGCGAAGGCUAUUCAUACAGCGAUGGAGCAACCGCCCUCCACAUUGCCGCAAGGGAAGAUCAUCUGUCAGUAGCUGUGGCUCUGCUCGCGGCAGGAGCGUGGCCAGACGGUCGAGCGAGUGACGAAGAUUGCGAAGAUCCAACCCCACUCCACGAGGCCUCCGCGCGGGGGGGUGUUGAAGUCACCAAGGCUCUCUUGCAAGCGGGAGCGAGAAAGGAUAUUUUUGCCUCCUUCGGCAGGGACGGACCUUUCCUCACCGCCCUGGAUCUCGCAGUGGAAAACGGCCACCUUGAGGUGGUGCGUACGCUGGUCGAGGCCGGAGCAGAUGUCAACCUUAUCUACGAGGACGGCUGUGACGAAGUUCCCCCUCUGGUCACUGCCGCGAAACAGGGAAAUACAGAUGUGGCGCUCGCCCUGCUUGACGCUGGGGCUGACGUGAACGGCUUUGGGCAUGACGGAUUUUCCGCCUUGCACGAAGCGAAAGACGUCCGUGUGAUGGAGGUUCUGCUCGACGCCGGGGCAGACAUUGAGCAAGGCAUUUCUACGGACUACGACAGUCACGGGUGUGACGAAGCUACCCCGGUCGGCUGGCUGUGUCUGAAGACGCACCAGCGCUUCUCCCCUCUGCAGAGUGUGGGUUACGAAUGCACGGCGGGGGCUGCCUUGUCGUCCGAGGACGAGAUCGAGCGAGCGACGGCAAUGGUUAAACUCCUGCUUCGUCGCGGAGCAAAGAUCGACUCGAAAGCAGGAUGCGUGGGGCACUGCCUGCGCACAGGAGCUCGCGGACCCCCGCUGUCAGCGGCAGUGUACAACGGUACCACGGCAAUAUGUGCAGCUCUCGUCGACAAGGGGGCCGACCUGGAUGCAACAGACUGGGAGCUCCAAGACUUCGGGUCCGACCUCGAUGUCAAAAUUCGCCCGAUCCAUGACGCGGCCCGCUUCGGGGACGUGGACAUCCUGCGUCUACUUCUUGUCGCCGGUGCGGGUGCGAAUAGCUUGUCGAACGUCCAUCGGGAUGAUGAUCUCAAGCGGUGGGGUACACCGUUGCACGUAGCUNUCCUGCGUCUACUUCUUGUCGCCGGUGCGGGUGCGAAUAGCUUGUCGAACUUCCGGCGUGGUGAUGUUCUCCAGCGGUGGGGUACACCGUUGCACGUAGCGUGUCGCUACUCGCAGGUGGGGUGUGUUCGUGAGCUGCUUCGGUGGGGAGCGGACAUGUGGGCGGAGGAGAAACAAUCCGGCGGGGAGGAGGAGGAAGAAGAGAAAGAGGAAAAAGUACCCUGUGAAUGCGAGUCAUGUUUUUCGAACUCAGCUGGUUGCGGCAAGAUUCCGGAAGAAGUGAUCGCUCUGCGGGAUGCGGUAACCAAUGAGGAGAUCAAUGCCAGGCCAUCGGACAGCAUUCUGCUGGCAGCUCGCCUGGCCAAGCAGGUGUCUGCGGAUGGCGGAGCGACCACGGCUGCGUCGUCCGCCAAAACUGUCAAGCGGUCACAGGUGCUUGCAGACGACGAGCUGCUAGCUAUUGCCGGAAGGAUGGCCAACCUGGGCGGUUCGCGCCAGGGGGCGUUUCGCCACAUCGUCACGUUUUUGUAAACGGACGAUCGAUCGUCGGUGUAUGGACGCAUGAUCUCUCUCAGACAGGCGGGUAGCCUCGGACCAAUCGAUGGCAUUUCGACGUGUUUCGGGGCGCUGCACGUACAUAAGUUGUUCUGCUCCGGAGGGAGCUUACGUGAAUUGUUCUGUGUUGGAAUAUUUGGCACUAUCAUAGCUUGAGCAUAAGGUAGUCAGUUGGACUAGUUCAUAUAUUGUCAAUGUAGCUAUGUCAUGUCGUAGGUAAAAUUCCGUAUGGUCUGUCAUACUCGGAAUAUGGAGACAUGGUUGAUGUUCUGUGUUUCUUAUCCAGAAAUAAUCUGCAUAGACUAGCCCAGAUUUCCGGAAAUAAUCAAGUGCAAGUAACUCAGACUUGCGUGCUUGAAUGAAUGAAUAUUCGUAUGCGCUCAGCAGUCGAAUUUGGAUGUAGUU